AUGUUGAAGAUCGCGGGACGCGGCAGAAGCUUGUCUUUCAGAUGUUACGCGUCCUCGAUGCUCACUAUCUCAUUUUACUUAUGUUUCAAUCUUUUGAAGUUUUACCGAAACAUGCAACAUUCUCAACGGAACCUCGUCUAUCAUUUCGUCUAUCCUUAUAACAUUCAAAAGAGUCCGAGUUACGUAAUCACAUACUUCACCCAAAUUUCUGGUGGCGUAUACUCAGUCCUCAUUAACUGUACUGUCGACAGCUUCGUUUCGAUACUCGUGCUACACGUGUGCGCACAACUAAUCAAUCUACGAACAACACUUAAGAAUUUGAUCGACGAAUUAGCCGACAAAUCUAUAUCCUCUUUGAGAUUUACAGAAGACCUGGCUGCGAUUAUUAUACGACACGAACAUCUCAUCAGGAAUGCGAAAACAAUUGACGAAUGUUAUAGCACAGCAUUAUUUGUGCACAUGCUAACCGCUACUUUUCAGCUGCGUUUUCAAACUUUUCAGGUUUAUACGCUAGUAACAGAUCAUUUGAACGUGUCUUUUAUCAGAAUGGCUUUCCUGUCGUUUGCUGUCAUUCUUGUGUUGACGCAUUUGUAUAUUUAUUGUUACUCGGCGGAAAGACUUUUAACAGAGAGCACCAGCAUAGCAUAUGGCAUAUAUGAAUGCAAAUGGUACGAUUUACCAUCGAAAAAUGCAAGGGAGCUAAUGUUUAUUGUAUAUCGAUCUAUGGUUCCACUUAAAGUAACAGCUGGAAAAUUUGGAAUUUUUUCAAUGGAGAUGUUUGGAAUAAUGAUAAAGACGUCAAUGGGAUACUUAUCCGCGUUAUUAACAAUGAGAAACUAG